UUUACCCGCGAACGGCCAGCUGUUUGACCGUGAAAUACCAAUAAAAAUAAAUAAAACACCACCUUUGGUAAAAGGCAAUUAAAAGGAUAUUGAACACACAUAUGGAGGGGGUGGUUGAAUGAAUCUUACUAAAAUUGGAAAUUGUGUAUACAAGAACAACGAAUCACCCACCUGUUUUACUCCUUGCUACUACCUUGUGAAUUUAAUUUUGUGAAAUACGUAGAACGCACUUCGCUUGCUUCGAUUUUUCAAAAGAAAUUUGUUGACAUCGAAAUAACCAGAAAUUUGCUGUCAAUAGCAUAGCAGGAUCCAAUACGUGCACACGUCCCUGGGUGAACCGAGUCCUACAGUAAGGGCGUUGGUGACCACGGUCACGGCACUGUUGUGGUCACAGCAACGCGUCGUUGUUGUUUAUAAUUUUUAAACAAAUCAAUUACCACCAAAAUAGCCAACGCGAGAGUGUGAGUUUUCAUUUGCAGAUUAAAGUCCUGCAAGAAAAGUGUUGAAAGAAAUCAAAUACUUGAGAAUGGAUCACAGUCCGUCGAACGCUACUUUGCCGGGUAAGCGCCAGCAUCCAUCUACAAUGCAGCGUAAAAAAUCCGGCCCCAAAUUUGAGCUUUCCGAAGCACAAAAAGCCGACAUUAAGGAGGCUUUCGAUCUAUUCGAUACGGAGUGCACCGGUUUUAUAGAGGUCAAGGAGCUAAAGGUUGCAAUUCGAGCGCUCGGUUUUGAACCGAAGAAAGAGGAAAUCAAACGAAUGAUUGCCGAAAUCGAUAAAGAUGGCACUGGACGCAUAUCAUUCAACGACUUCCUACAACUAAUGACCAUGAAAAUGGCUGAGAAGGACACUAAGGAGGAAAUAUUGAAAGCAUUUCGCCUGUUCGAUGACGACGAUACUGGCUCGAUUUCCUUUAAAAAUCUAAAACGCGUUGCACGCGAAUUGGGCGAAACGCUGACCGAUGAGGAGUUGCGUGAAAUGAUUGAUGAAGCUGAUUUGGAUCAUGAUGGUGUGGUGAAUCAGGAUGAAUUUUUGCGCAUCAUGAAAAAGACAAGUCUAUAUUAGUUGUAUGUUUGUGGUUGUAGCGUGGCACCAAAUUGUGCUGUGCGUUGUUUCUAAUGGUCAUAAUGACUAGGCGGAAGGGGGUAUACUAUGUUUUUUUUUUUCUAUUUUUAAUAUUCUGUUUUGUAUAUUAAAUAUUUCGCAAUUUGUAUUUUAUUUCCACAAAUCUGAAAUAUUUAUGUUAUCAUGAUUUAAUUUUAACUUAUAAAGAAGGAUACCAUUCAUACUUACAAAUAAUACAAUAAUAACUUUGAAAUAGCUCUGCUGGACUUACAUAUGUAUACAAAACUGUUACUAAGUGUUUAUUUUUUCUUAUUGCUUUGUUAAAAUGCUUUAUUUCUCUAUUAAAUAUAUGAAAUUGUGCAUAUUGAAGAUGAUUGAGAAGGUUUGUGUACAUUUAAUUUAAUUUAUAGUACAAAACUGUGUAUGCGGUACUUUUAAGCGCGAUUCAGUGUCUUAACGGUUUUUGCAAAUGUAUUUAAAUGCGUUUACUUAAGGAGUA